CCUAGCCUCGCCUCGCCUUCCGCUCGCCACAUCUCCGCCGUAUGUAAGCUAAACCAACCCUACCACUCAUCUCAUCACCGCAUUUCGAACUUCUUAACCAAAUCGUUCGCAACCUUGGCCGAUCAAGCCGCGCGAUCAGAGUUCUAGGUUUAGAAACUUGGAUUCAGGGUUUUGAUCCAUUCACCAUGCCGAGACAUAACGCUGAAGAAGCAGAUGUAUGUUUAAGAUGUGGAGAACUUGGACAUGACAUGAUCUUGUGCAAGUAUGAUUACACUCAGGAAGAUUUGAAGGAUAUCAAAUGCUAUGUAUGUAAAAGCUUAGGCCAUCUCUGUUGUAUCGAGCCUUGUCAUUCACCGUCAUGGACUUUAUCUUGCUACAGAUGUGGUCAACUGGGUCAUACUGGACUGGCAUGUGGUAGACACUACGAUGAUUCUGUCAGUCCAUCAUGCUUUAAGUGUGCGGGAGAAGGGCGUUCUAAGUGUCACUGCCCUGAUUCUUCCAGCAUAUGCAGUAGGGAAGAAGGGCAUUUCUCACGUGAAUGCCCGAAUCCUUCAUCGAGCAUUAGCGAGUCAAAGAACAGAGAGGCUCACCGUUUAUGCUACAAAUGUAAAGGAAGAGGACUUAUGCUCGUGAAUGCCCCAUUUCUUCACUUGUAUAGGCUCCGUAUCUCUCUCCGCAUUUGGGUUCUUUGA